UAUAGAUGCACAAGUAUAUAUUUAUGGAUCUCGUAUAUAAAGAAGUAUUUGGUUUGCUAAUAUAGUAUUACUGAUUGUUGAUCGUGGGUAAACACAUUAAAAUGGUGCCGUUAUUACUUUUAUUUGCAAGUGUUGCUGGAUUAAUUGACUAUUCAUACGCUGCAUCAGCAGCGUUUGUGAUACCAUGCCGUGCCGCUGAUGAGAAAUGUUUAUUAGACAACCUCGGUAGAGGUAUAGAGGCAUACAAAGAUGGCAUACCAGAGCUAGGAGUUGGAAAAAUGGACCCACUAUACUUUACAGAAGUAGAUUCCAGUUCACCAAACCUUAAGUUUAUACUCAGGGAUCUUACAGUCACUGGAUUGAAGUCUUGCAAGCCAUUGAAACUAAAGCGUGAUCCAGCAAAAUCAACUAUUGUCCUAAAACUUCAAUGUCCCAUAAAACUCGACGGAGAGUACGAGCUAGAUGGCCAGGUUCUCGUGUUGAAAGUCGGUGGAAAAGGAAAAAUUCACGUAUUCCUCAAGAAUUUAGAAAUCGAGGUGACCUUGGAUAUUGUGAAGAAGGAGAAGAAUGGUGAAGAAUACAUGAAGGUCAAGAAAUUCACUCACUCCUAUGAGCUGAAGGAAAAGUCUGACCUUGUGUUCGAAGGCUUAUUCCAGGAGAACAAAGUUUUAAGUGAAGCCGCAAAUGAUUUGAUCAAGAACAGUCCAAAUGAAAUCGUCAAUGAAAUCGGAGGCAAAAUGUUCGAAGCUUGUAUUACUGAGGUGGUUAAGAACAUCAACAGCAUGUUCUCUCACAUUCCUACCAAAGAACUUGUCCUGGAUUGAGUUAUGAUUGUAUAGUGAUUCAUUAAAACCCCGACUUGGUUUGUUAA